AUGAGCUCCCAACUUGUCAGCAUUGUUCCAGCCGCUCCUCUUACUGAUGAUGUCUUCCCUUUCAACCAGGAUGCCUUCAUCAAGAUUCGCGAAUAUCAACAGAAAGAUUUAGCAUUUUUGGACACUCCGCCCGUAAGGGCAUUGAUCGGGGUUGGCGAUAUAGUCGGCGGCGCGUCUACGGCUGUAGUUGGAGGAGUAAGCUCAGCAGCUACUGGCGUCGCGUCAUCUUUGUUCGGAGGGCUUGGCACUGUCACUGGUGGGCUUCCGGGUGGGGGAUUGCUUCGCUCGGUCGGACAGGGCACAUUGGGAGCAAUUAGCACGGCCGACGUAGUAGCCCAACAACUCGUUGACCCGACUAAAGUAGCGCGUCAGCAUUAUCAUUACUCGUCCGAAGUCAAGAAGGCUUUGCCCCCUGCGAUAGAUGCGGUCGACGAAGUUAUCCAUGAUUUUUCAUCUGGUGCUGGGCACGCGGUUCAACAACUUUAUGAUAACAUCGCAACCCAGGGUGUAGCGAUCACAGCCAGAUUGAUCAAUAGCUUGGCAGACGUUGACGUCAAAUUGGCGGCGUUGUACGCAGUUUUGACCCAGGGUAACAUCCAGGAGCACAUCGCAGUUGGCCAAGAUAAAUACAAGGGUGUAGAUCCGAGCAAGUUUGGCAACCAAAAGAAUUACUUGCAAGAGCUCAACCAGUAUCUCCCUCCUGUUCUCAAGACUAUCCAAGAUGUCAAAGUUUCGUUUGCAACUAUAUCCAAGAACCUUCAUACCGCUCAGGACAAGAUCAACGCCGGUGUGAUUGAUCCUAACCAAAUCUUUGCACAGAGCCCCGAUGAAGUUGUUGCUGCUUGGAAGGCUUUCGAAGUCAAGAGGAAAACCAUGACCUAUCUCCCCUACAAAUAUUAG